UUGAAUACAGUAGACAAAAAGAGGAUAAUAGACCGUAGUGCAUCGCUCUCAUAGUAUUCCAAACACACCCACUUGUUAGUUAUCGUGCAAAUUUGGUUCUUUUCUUAAACAACCCAAAACCAAGCCACCAACAAGCAACAUCUCUCUCUUAACGUAUAAGGCAGUCUUCUCCUUUAUUAUCCAGUUAUAGCAGCAAAAUACUGACUCUAUCAAAUGACCACAUUACCCUCACCACACAUUCAUUUCCACUUAUUGCUGCUGUUAAAAUUAUCCCCUUUUUCAUGCUAUUCAACUAACCUCUUCAAUGACUUCACAACCACCACCUCAUACAUUUUUCAGUUUCAUUUUCAUUAAAAAAAGAAAACCCCACUUGACAAAUAAAACCCCAAUAUUCUCAUUAUGGACAUUUAUGGAAUUUAAGGGUUAGUUAGUUCAUUUUUCAAUCAAUGCAGCUUUUGGGUUUGUUCAGUUUUUGGAUUUCAUUCAUAAAGUUUAGAACUUUAUUCUCAGUUUUGGGUUUUAGUAACAAAACUAUGAAGGGUAAAUGCAAUGCUUGGAUCUUAGUUUCUUUCAAUGUGUUACUCACAACUGGGUCUUUGGUUUCAUUCAUGUUUGUGCUUUCAUGGAUUUACUCAUGUGCAUUUUCUAGUCAUAGUUCAGUGAUUAAGAGUUAUGAGGUUAUUGCUAACACCAGUGGUUCUCAUUUACAUGUUCAGAGCUAUGUUGAGGCUUUGAAUUUUAAUGUUUCGAGGGAUGCAUGUGAUGUGUUUGAUGGAAGUUGGGUUAGAGAUGAUGGUUAUAGUUACCCUUUAUAUGAUGCUGCUGAAUGUCCGUUUGUGGAAAGAGGUUUUAAUUGUUUUGCUAACGGGCGUAAAGAUAGAGAUUAUACGAAAUGGAGAUGGAAGCCGAAUGACUGUGAUAUUCCGAGGUUUGAUGCACGGGGAAUACUCGAACAGCUUCGCGGGAAAAGGGUUGUUUUUGUUGGUGAUUCGUUGAGUAGGACGCAAUGGGAGUCUUUGAUAUGUUUGUUGAUGACAGGAGUUGAGAAUAAGACGAGUGUUUAUGAAAUCAAAGGCAACAAGAUCACGAGACAGAUUAGGUUUCUAGGUGUGAGAUUUAGUUCUUUUGAUGUUAGGAUUGAUUUUUAUCGUUCUGUUUUUUUGGUGAAGCCUGGUCGGGGUCCUAAAUUUGCGCCGAAGAGGGUGAAGACAACACUGAAAUUGGAUAAGAUAGAUGAUAUUAGUCAUGAAUGGAUUGAUUCAGAUGUUCUUAUAUUCAAUUCAGGUCACUGGUGGACAAGGACUAAGCUUUUUGACAUGGGCUGGUAUUUUCAGGUUGGAAGCUCAUUGAAGCGUGGAAUGCCGAUUAAUUCUGCUUUCAAGACAGCCUUACAUACAUGGGCCUCUUGGGUGGAGAAUAAUAUUAACACAAACAGAACAAGAGUAUUCUUCCGUACUUUCGAAUCAACACAUUGGAGUGGACAUAACCGCGGUGCUUGCGAAGUGACUAAAAAGCCUUGGAACAAAACAAAUGGCAAGGACCGAAAUCCAAUUUCAGAUAUGAUCAAAAGCGUAGUAAAAAACAUGAAUGUUCCCGCGACGGUUCUCCACGUGACACCGAUGGAUGCAUAUAGGAGUGAUGGCCAUGUAGGGACUUGGAGCAGCAAUCCAUCUGUACCUGAUUGUAGUCAUUGGUGUUUACCUGGUGUUCCUGAUAUGUGGAACGAAAUUCUGUUCUCGUAUUUGCUACAAAAAGAUGGAGCACGAUAUCGUUAAAGCUGGUAACAUGUUGCUAGGUUAGUUAGUUAGUCCUUAUAUUAAUAAAAUCGACCUUUGUACUAAAAAAAGAAAUUGAUCUGGAUUGGCGUUCAAUGGUUUACUUCACAUCAUCAACUCUGUUAGCUUUUGAAAUGAGAGCUUGAUGGGGGGACCUAUCAAUGUAUAUAUAAAAAAAUGAUCAUAGGAGUAAAGUGGUGCUAUGCCAAUUCUUGGUAAUUUUUUUUUCAUUAAUAUUUUGUAUAUUUGGCUAAGCUUUGGGCUGUUUUUAUUCAUUAUUCUGGUUCUGAUGCCUCA